AUGGCGGCCUGCGCGGAGUGCGGUGUCCAAUCUCUCUCGCUGGCAGUCGACCUUGCGAACCCUUCGGUGUCCUACUGCAACGGCUGCUGGGAGGCAUACGAGGAGGAGGUGGAGCGGAAGCGGCUCAUCUCCACUGCCACAAAGAUCCUGAAGCGGCGCCAGGCUGACGUCGCUGAAACUCCGCGUGCCGUCAGCAAGAAGCCCGCGCCGGGCGCCGCCGUGCCGCCGCUUCCCGCCGCGCCACCUCCCACGGCGCCGCCCCGCCCCAUUGUCGGCGGCGCGGCCAUCGACAUCCAGGCCGCCGCCGUGGACGCAAAGGUUUUACUCCGCGGAAAACGCGGCGAGGUCCUCGCCGUCGUUUUUCGCAACUUUGACGGCGCGCAUGGCCGGCACGUCGUCAAGAGCGCCGACAUUCGACCGGGCGAGUCCAACAUCCGCCCAGGGACGGCCAAGGCGAUGGCCGAGCCGGGCCGCACCUCGUCGCUGACAAAGGGCAACUCCAUCUCGAACGACAACUUCGAGGUGCUCUUCAACUCCUCCCAGCCGCGCAGCCUCGACGCCCUUCGCGCCGUCCGGGCGGCGGUGUGGGCGGUGGAGGAGUCCGAGGGGCAGCAGCAGUCUCGCAUCUUUGCGGCGGCGGAGGAGGGGCUGGACUGCUCGCUGCGCGUGCACGACUUCCCGCUCAAGCAGGAGGGCGCCGCGCCAUCGAAACUCGCCCGCAUGUUCUACGGCCUCAGCAGCGACCAGUUCAACUGGUGCCGGGUGCUCGACCGAAAGGAGGGCGGGCGGAUGCACGGCCACGUCGACGAGGAUGGGACUGAUGGCGUCGUGCUGCUCAACCUCGGCGAGUGCGACAUGUUCUUCGACCAGCCGGGUCGCUGCGAGGCGCGGCAGACGCGCGAGACGUGGUGCGUCGGCGGCGGCGGCGGCGGCGAAGGGCAUUGGGUCGUCUGGGACGAUGCGCCUCACAAAGGGAAGGAGUCGCGAUACAGGACAGAAGAGCACUACACGCACCUGCUACGCGAUCGGCUCUGCGCGGCGUGCGCGCGCGGCGAGAAGGGGCGCGAGUGCCGCUCCUGCAAGCCCGUCCGGCUGCGCAGCGGCGACGUCGUCGCCUUCUCCGGCUGCGCGGCGUUCCACGGGGUGCGCGCAGUCUACCGCGAGCAGCCGCCGCCGCCGACCGCCCGCGGGUCGCUGCCGGAUUGGAUGGAGUCGCGCCUCGGCCUCGGGCACCGCGUCUCGGUGCAGUGGCGGCUGACGGACCGCAAACGCGCGGAGGCGAAGCGGUUGAACGAGUCGCGGGCCUUCGCGGCGAGCGGAGGAGAGGGCGGCCCGUCGGCGGCGCCACCGCCCGCAGCGACGUUUCGCGUCGACCCGGCUGUGGUGGAUUCGCUCUCUGCGAUGGGGUUCCCGCGGGAGGACGCGCUCGCUGCCCUGGCCGCAGCCUUCGGCGACGCAGCUCGCGCGGUCGACUACCUCGUCGACCCCUCCUCGGUGCCCGCGAGCCGUGCGCAAGGCGGGCGGGAGGGGGAGGCCUCCCGGGGGGCUCGCACCAUGGCGGAGCGCAUCCGCAGCAUGGCGGGAGGGCGCAUCGUCUGGGACGACACCGAGCCGCUGCACCGCUGGAUCGAGGCUGUCAAGCCGUCGCUCGUCCCGGCUGCACAGGUGGCGUGGGUGCAGGUACACAGCCGCGCGGCUGGCACGCCCGGCUCCUCGGGCGGCGGCGACUUCUCGGAGGCGCCGUACCAGCCGGCCCUCCAGCAGAUCAGCGACAUCAUCGACCGCGGCGCCAACGUCCCGGCGGCAGCCAAGAGGGAGUGUGUCGAGCGCCUGCUGGACACUGCGCGGCGGCAGGGCUACACCACCGGAAAGUGGAUGGUGUUUCUCCCGCCGGGCGUUGCCGACGCGGCGUGGGCGGCGAUCGCGCGCGCCACGGCCACGGGCGAGCUCGGCUGCAGCGCCAAGGUCGCGCCGACCGGUGCAGGUCCGGACGAGCUCGUGCGCGAGGCUGUCGUCUGCUGCGUCUACGUGAGGGACUUCGACGAGCGCGCGGAGCUGCAGCGCGUGCUGCGCGCGCUGAUGGCGCUGAUGGCGCCGCUCCAGGUGCCGGUGACAGCCGGCUUCAAGCCCGACGCCUUCACGAUGCUCGGCAUCGAUGGAAAGCAAAACAGGUGGCGCCUGCCGCCGACGGUGCACUCGGUGGCGGAGGCGCUCGCGUGGGACGUGGCGCCCGCGCCGCCCGCGCCGGGCACGCAGCAGGACCCGAUCGAGCUCGAUGGCUGA